GUUGCAUCAAUCAUCAAUUCUUCUCGACGACGGAGAUGUCUCAAGAGGGAGAGCAGCAGAGAAACACCGCUUCCGUUACGGAAGAAGGAGAUGGACAAGGGAGAGGUGCGAAGCGUGGCCGGAAUGAGGAGGAAUUGAACGCCGUCGAACGUGGUGGCUCCGGCGAUGCUCCGUCGCCGAAGCGUGUUGCCAAGUCCCAUGAGGUGUUGUUCAGGAUCGUCGUCCCUUCGAGGCAGAUCGGGAAAGUGAUUGGUAAACAAGGAUGCCGAAUCCAGAAGAUCCGAGAAGAAACCAAAGCUAUGAUCAAGAUAGCCGAUGCCAUUGCCCCUUAUGAAGAGCGUGUAAUAAUUAUCAGUUCUAAAGAUGAUGAUAGCAAAGUUUCUGAUGCGGAACAUGCGCUUCAUCAUAUAGCCAAGGUUAUUCUCCAGGAUGAUGGCAAUGCUGAACCAGCAAAUAUCAGUGCAGGGCAUAUGGCUACCAGUAUGAUUCGGCUUUUGAUUGCAGGAUCCCAAGCUGGUUGUCUAAUUGGGAUGUCCGGUCAGAAUAUUGCAAACUUAAGGAAUAGCUCGGGUGCCUCAAUAAUGAUUCUGGCUCAAAAUCAGUUUCCUUUAUGUGCAUCUGCUCAUGAAUCUGAUCGUUUGGUGCAGAUAUCAGGUGAUGUCCCGGAAGUGCUAAAAGCUGUGGAGCAGAUUGGUUAUCAACUAAGGGAAAACCCACCCAAAAAAAUCAUUUCUGUCAGACCGCAAUACAACUUAAACCAUUUAAACCAAUCAUACUUGGCUCCAGUUCCAGCUGAUUAUGUAACCUUGGAGAUAAUGAUUCCGGAGUCGAUGGUUGGUGGAUUGAUUGGCAAGUGUGGCGCCAACAUUUCAAAAAUAAGAUACGAAUCUGGAGCGACAAUUAAGGUUUCUGGUGAGCGGGGUGAACAAGCACAGAGGCAAAUCCAUUUUGGUGGUAGCGCUCAACAGGUAGCAUGGGCAAAGAAGCUGGUAGAUGAUUACAUCUUUUCCCAGGCAAUACGGCAGAGUGGUUCUUAACAGCCGUCGUAUCAUAUAUGUCUUGCCUUCGGCUGCUCACAUUACCUUCGUGUGUUGUAAAGUUUCAUAGCUUAUAGAUGGUUUAGUGAACAUCAAGACAGUAACAACAAAUUAACAGCCUUCAAACUGUCCAAAGCUCUUGAGGAAAUUUUCUUAAUUCGGCUUAAUGCGGUUCUUUCACAAAACUGCUUUGUAGUUGCUACUUUGUUCUUUGUUGUAGAUAUUUGAUCUGCUUUGCGUAUUGCGCAUUGUUUUUUUGGGUAUAUAUGGGUUUUCUGAGUGAA